AUGGCACCCGAACUAUUACUGGUUCUUCAAAUAUUAAGCAUUGCUUUACUAUUUCAACCACAGGGAACAGCCUCGAUGGCAAAGCUUGAUUGCCAACAGAAAUGUGGGCACAUGACAAUUCCUUAUCCAUUUGGCAUCGGACAAGGCUGUUGCAUGGAAAAAGAAUUUGAAGUCACAUGCACAAAUGGGUCAUGGGCCUGGCUGGUCGGUGAGUUAUUUGUAUUGGACUUGUCCCUCGAUUACAUCCGUGUUGGUGGUGGAAGUAUGGCAAUCGACUGUUUCAACGAUUCUGGGACAAAUUCUAUAGGCUUGAAUUACAAGUUGAACCUGAGAUUCAGUUUUUCCCACACCCAAAAUAAGUUUGUAGCUGUAGGAUGUGACAUUUUCGCCUAUAUUAUUGACCCUAAAAGUGCAAACUAUACAAUUGUGAUGAAGCUUAGAGAACAGGAAGCCUUUUAUGCAGCCGGCACAACUAUUGUGAUGACAACACACAAGGCAAGGGAUAUAAGUGCGGUUGUUUGGAUGGUUACCACGGGAGCCCUUACCUUCCUAAGGGAUGCCACGGCAGCUACAUGUGCAGUUGCCCACAGGGUUAUCAGAUCUAUCACAAUGCAAGUGGAUAUUUUGGAUGCAAAUCUAAUGGAGGAAGGUCACCAUUUACUCAAAUUGCUUCUUUAG